CGACACAAGACAUCACAUAUAGCCACACACACUCGACUUUGCGGGCCACCACAGUAUCUGUAAAUCUCUCGGACUACGGAGGGACACAUUGACUUGUGAGCCAACGAACGAACUUGUGGACGUCUGGGCUCUAGACCUCCGCGGUACGUUACCACCUGCUAGCAUACUAGACAACGCAUAUCAGCGCGUCUUUCCAGCAUAGAAGCAAGACAGCUGCCUGCUAGCCAUUACGGAAGAAACAUCGACCCGCGAACCGACGAACGAUCUUGUAAACAUAUAGUUUCCAGACCUCCGCAGUACGGCCUCCGCCUAGCAUAUCAGACGACGCAUAUUAGCGCCUCUUUUAAGCCUAGGAGCAAGACAGCUACCUGCUAGCCACAUCAACAGCAAACCACACUCUCAUCCGCCGCAAGAAUGGCCGAUGUCAUAGACCUCUCAUCCAAUCCGUACGUCGCGCCCAAGGACGGACGCUGUUUGAUCAAUGAACUUCCCUCCGAACUCCUCGCACACAUCUUCACCCUCGGGUGGACGCCAGAGCGCGACGAAGAGCCAGAGUCCGACGAGGACUUUGAGGACGUAGACUCCGACGAUGACACAUACUCCUCCGUCUCCUCGGAGGGAAGUACACCCCCACGCACCGAACAGGAGGAGGCCGAGGACAAGGAGCGACGCCUCCCCUUCAACGUGCUCGUCUCGCACGUCUGCGCACGCUGGCGCGCCGUCGCGGUCGAAAACCCGCUCCUCUGGGCACACAUCCGCUUCGUCGGCUCUCCGCCGUACGACCGCGCGGCAACCUACCUGGAACGCGCGAAGGCGGCUCCGCUCGCGAUCACCGUUGACCGCACGAUCGACGAUGCCGACGACUUCUCAAUGUCGGACGACUCGUACGCGCCCGAGGACCACGACCCGGACCUGGCCGUCAUCGAGGGCAUCAUGGAGCUCAUUGUCCCGCACGUCGCGCACUGGCAGGCGCUGCAGAUCAUGGUCUCUUUCUACAAGCACAUGCACUACGCGCUCGAAGCCCUGGGCGCCGCCGGCCCCGCGCCGCUGCUCGAGGUCCUCCAACUGUACCACUACGAGGAUACGGACGAGCACCUCACGUUCAAGCUCCCCGAGCUGCGCGCACAGCCGUUCCGCCUCUUCGGCGGCGUCGCACCCCGUCUCACGCACGUCGCGCUCUGGGGUGUGCACGUUCCCUGGGACCGCGAGAGCUCCCCAUACCUCACCGGGCUCACCGACCUCGAGCUCGCGUACCACGCGCGCGACGUCCGCCCAAGCCUUGCCGAGUUCGCGCGUAUCCUGCGGGACUCGCCCGGGCUCCGCACGCUCACGCUUUGCCUCUCCUGCCCUGCCGGCACGCCCGACGAGUGGGAGCCCGGCAUGCCGCUCACCACCACGCCCUCCGACGCGGGUAUCAUCGACCCAGAGGCGCUCGUGCCCCUUGCGCUCCCAGCGCUGACGGACCUCGUGCUCGCCUACCUCGAGCCCGCGUACCUGCUCGCGCUCCUGCCGCGUCUCGCCCUCCCCGCGCUCACCUCGCUCGCGCUCGACCUCGAGGACGAGGACUACUCGGAGCUGCUCAAGUACCUCGCCUCCCCGCGCUCGCGCCCACCGCCCUCCGCGUUGAGUGGGCCCGGGGUCUCCGGCGGUACCAACGCGCGCUCGAUUCUGGCACACCUCACCGCGCUCAAGGUCGCAAGCAUGCCCGCGAGCGAGGCGUGCGUGCGCGACGCGUAUCGCGAGAUGCAGGGGCUCGCCGCGCUCAACCUCAACGCGGACUUCCUUGACGCGUACUGGGUCGACCUGCUCUUCCCGCAGCCAAACGCCGGCGCCGGCGACGCGCAGGGCGAGCUGCUGCUCCCGCGCCUCGAGACGCUGACUACGACCGGGGUCGACGGGACGCAGAUGCGGGAGCUCGUGGCGGCGCGCGAGGCGCGCGGGGCGCCGCUCCGGACGCUGUUGAUGAACGAGGAGGACGACGUAGCGCACUCGGACGAGGUGUGGCUCGGGGAGCACGUUGAGCGCUUCGAGUACUUCGAAGGCUCUGACGACGAGGACAUGGACGUCGACGGCGUGGAGGUGUUCGAGAACGACGAGGAUGGCGACUGGGAGGACGAGGAUGAGGAGAUGGACGAGGAUGACAUCGACGAUAUCUUCGUCGUGCCGUUCUAAGCCCACCAGAGUUCCUGCACCGGUGAUUGGGAGGUUGAGAAGCGUCUGGCGGGCGUAAUUUGGUUUAGAUACGCUGGCGAGCAUGACGCACGGCGAGAAGGGUAAUCGACAGCCGCACAGGUCCCCGUACGCCGUGUGGUGACGGUGGAGACGCAAAACUUAUCACAUAAUGUAUGAAUAUCCAAUCUUCAAUGCUAG